AUGGAUGAUCCUUUAGAAGAGUUACAUCGUAUAGGAGAUAAAGCAAUUGGUAAUUUAAGGUCAGCAGAAUUUUCCCAGGAGUUUGCAAAUGUAGAAAAUUUAAAAAAGAAAAUAACAAGCAUACAACUUUAUCAGGACGUGACAAUAGGCCACAUGAUUAAAAAUUUGCCGCCAGAUCAAUUAAAUAAAUUAAAUAAUGGCGCUGAACGUUCUCAUUAUCGUAAAAGAAAUAUUCAGAUAGGCGUUCCAUGUUCUUUAAAUGCUUUUUAUACUUAUAAUAAUGCACAAGAACUAAUUCAUUCAACAUCAGCAGAACAAUUUGGUCAUAAAAUAUUUCCACAAUUAUUUAAUGACAAUCAAAACAAUACAACAAUACCACAUGUUGAAAUUACUGAUCCAUUAUCAAAUCCUUGGUUACGUGGUGCUCGUGUUAUUAAAGCAGCUGCACAUCCUGCUCAAAGACAACAAUAA